AUGUCGUCGUCAAUUAACGGAACCAAAGCGAUCGUCAUUCCUUCAAAGUAUACAUCGAUCACACCCUCCGAAUCUUUCACAGAUGACUCUUACGGCGUCGUAUUUUGGCACACCCUCUUCUCACAACCUCAGACAUCUACCUCGGAUCUGUGUGCCGGUAUCGCAGUCUGUCCUCCGGAAAGUGGACAUCUGUGUGGCCAUCGCCACGAGCAAGCCGAAAUUUACUAUAUCAUUGAGGGAUAUGGGGAGAUCACUAUUGACGGCGUGAAGAGUCACGUUGCAAAGGGUAGCUCCGUGUUUAUUCCCCCGAAUGCCGACCAUGGGGUUGCAAACACAGGUACUGAGGAUCUAAGGUGGUUUUAUGUCUUUCCAACCAGUGCGUUUGGUGAUGUUGUAUAUCGUUUCACCAAAGACGAAAAGACAAGGCUCUGA